GGGGCGAUUCUGGACUGAGGCGGAAAUGAAAUGGGUUAGUUGUAGUUGACUCUCACUGUGUAAGGCUGCAGCAUUGAUCCAGACAGUGGCCACUGAACGUAUCUCAAUACAGAAGCUGCUCUAUUUAAAGAAGCCACGGUGACCAGUGGACCUGAGUCGACAAAUGGUUACAACUUCAUUCAAACCCGAAGCUAAAAUAAUGGGACAAUUUGAUCAACGCUACAUUGUCCCGGCCCUUCUCCUGCUUGGGUGGAUCGUUGGGUGCUCCGUGGUAGUUUACUACAUCUUCUCCUGACCAUCAGGGCACAGCAGGAGGAGUAUGGGACUUCAUUACGCAAGCAGGCGAUGUGGAAAUAUUGUGGACGGCUCUGAAUAACUGACUGUAAAUGCAACCAAAAGCAUCACUGCAUCACAGUACAUCAUGAAGAAACAACGUAUAAUGCAUUUCUGUUUUAGUGUAAGGAUUAUCAAUGGUAAAUAUAAUUAAAAACUUACCCUGUA